AUGGCUGCAAAUAAUUACCCACCAUGUCCAGACCCAAGUUUAACCUUGGGAUUACCUAAACACUUUAAUAUUAAUCUCAUAACUAUUCUUCUCCAAGAACAAGUUAAUGGCCUUCAAGUUUUGAAAGAUGAGCAGUGGCUGGCUGUUGAGCCUGUCCCUAAUGCAUUUGUGGUCAGUAUUGGUCACGUGUUACAGAUUAUUAGCAGUGGGAAUCUGAGCAGUGCUGACCACAGAGUUGUGACAGAUAGUAAGGUUUCAAGGACAUCAGUCGGAUGCUUCAUAAAUACUUCUAGCACCUGCCGUAUUGAACCUGCAAAAGCACUUAUUAAGGACAGUUCUCCACUCUACAGAGCUUUUAUAUAUAAAGAUUUUGCUAGCACCUACAUACAAGGUACUCUUGAUGGAGUAGCGCCGCUCGACCUUUAUAAGCUCCAACCUUAA